AUGUCAGGACUCGAAGUUAUCGGGGUCGUCGCUAGCAUACUCCAAAUCGCAGACCUAGGAGCCAAACUAUCCGUCAAACUAUGCUCCUUCUACCGCACUGUCAAGGAUGCCAACAAGUCCAUGCAAAGUCUCUCCAGCGACGUCUCACUCACGUGCAGUAUUCUGCAAGAACUGGGAAGGGUCCUCGAGCAAGAUGAACAAACCAAGCUCUGUUCCCAGAAGGCGUUCGGCACAGCCCAGGAGGUCUUAACCGAGUGCAAAGCCGCCUUCGAGACCAUUGACAGCGCGAUGGAGAAGCAGAGGCAGGAGGGGGCGAGGAAUCCGGUUCUGCGCGGUGCGAGGAAAAUUACCGUCGCCUUUAUGGGACCGAACUUGGAUCUGCUCCGGAGCAACCUGGAAAGGCUCAAAUCGACGAUGUUGUUGAUGCUACAUGUUAUCAUGUACGCUGGGCAGCUUCGCCAGAAAGUUGUACACACACCACUCACCAACCCUCGCGGUCUAAUUCAAACCCUGAUAGAAGAAAAAAAGACAAACGACGCCAAAUUCGACCGACUCACAAGAUCCAUCGAAGCAGUCAAGCUAAAUAGCAAUGGGCCAAUCCUUACAGCGCAACAGACAAGCUCUACGCCAGGCUCCGACGAAGAGCUCGAGAAAUACUACGGCUUAGUUUGGAAGUUGCUACACGAAAUCGAUUCCUGCCAGGAAAGUCUCGAGAAGAGUCGGCAUCUUCGAAUGCGCAACGGUGUUGUGAACUUACACUCAGCAGAAGCUGCCAUCAUGAAGCAUACACAUGGUGACUCGUUUAUUUGUUCAUACGAAGAGGCGUUUUCAUUUUCCGCUGGCCCGACUCCCAAAAUUCCUGGUCGGAUCAGGGAGACACAGUUCCCUGGGCAAAAGGUGACUCGCGAAAAAUCGCCUCCUGUUCCUCGGCGGCCGCUGAAGAGGAGGGAGCAGGAACGACUCGUCUACCGUUUUGGAGGAGGCAGUGAGACCGUUUGCAUCACGCCCUUCGAUCGCGACGCAUAUUUGAGCGAAUAUGUUGUCAACGGAGAGAACACGGGGGACUCUGAACUUGACAGAGAUGAUUAUUAUUAUCGUCGGCAUCGAAGACCUCGUCCAGAUGAUUCCGUCAUCGCCAGCCGUCUCCAGGGCGGCCACGACGAGGUCUACAGCAGCGGCGACAGCAGGUUCCUUCGCAGAGAGAGAUGGGAGCGUGAUGAUGAAGAAGUCUAUCGAAAGCGCCAUAUAGAUGAGGGCGCAUUGGCAGGUGCCAGGGUGGCAAAGGUAAUCCGCAAUCAUCGCAAACGCGAGGACGAACAAGAACCCAACGUCCACCGCGCCGAUAGACCGUUUGCCGAUCCUGUCCUAUCAACUACGCCCCUCGUUCGUGCUAACAAGGUCCGCGAAGACCAACGCAACCCGAGAGCCAUACACUACGACUCAGACUCCAUUGGACGCUCCCCGCAUCACAAUCAUCGCCGCCGUGGUCGAAAUAGCCGCAGUCGAUCUCGGUCUCGGUCUUGGUCUCGACCCCGCUCACGUAGUCGCCGGUACAUCGCUAGCUCCGAGACCGAUAGUGCUCCCAAUGGCGACGAUAAUCGAAGAGUUGUCGCCCGGGCAGGGCUAGCUGGUGCUGCUGUUGCCGGGCUGGUCGAGAGGGCGCGAAGCCGUUCUCGACAACGCCGAUAUGAACGAGAGCGCUCCUGCAGUCGGCGAAGACAAGGCGUCCCUAUCGCGACUGCUGGUCUGGGCACGGCCGCUAUCGUUGCUCUCUUUGCCAAACGAAAGGCUAAAAGGCAGAGGCAGAGCGAAAGCCCUAAACCGCCGCACCGGGCUCUGUCUGGCCCUGUUCCCGAAGUCUCAAGGGGGAAUUCUGAAGAAAGCUCUUUCACUGGAGACGACAUCAAGGACGAGGCUGUCGAAAAAGAACCGGUCGAAGAACCGGUCGAAGAACGUCACCCUGAGCAGAUAUCGACCGUUUCCUUGGAUGAGUUCAUGUUACAAUGGACAACACUGUCUCGCGAGGAGAUUGUCGUCGAAUAG